GAGUUGGCAGUUAAAGAAGAGAACUGAUGAAGUUGACUGCUGGAUACAGAGUCUAGUCAUUAGUUAGAUCAAACACAGAUUUUGCAAUAAAAUAAUUUGCGGAUUUUUAGGAAAAGAUUAUUCGGUGUUUUACUUCUGAACUUUUGGCGAUAAAAGUAGACCGUUGAACGGUUUGAUUUGGUAGAUGUUCACUACUUGAGGGUAGUGUAGGGGCUGUAAAUGAUUUCCUCACUAGAAAAAGAAUACAUUAAACCGAGCAGUUUUAGACAUCUUGACACCAGUCAAAAACAUCUGAACAUAAUCAACUCAGAAACAGCCGGAAAUCUUUGGUUCGUUUCCAGCCUUCUCCCGUCCUUGAUCAGCUAUUGUAUCUCCUGGUACCUGGAGACUUCUCCGUUCUUCUCCUUCAUCCUCUUCCCGUUCGUCAGAUUCUCAAUUGAAAUCAUCCUGAACGACUUCCUAGGAUUCAGCAUGCAAGCAGCUUUAACCGCUAUCUAUAAGUUUACUACACCCCGGAGUACCCAGAGCUCUCCUGAACCUCAGAAAGGAUGUGCGGGUUUACUCCAAGAGCUGGUUCGGAACCAGGAGAAAACUAUGUUCUACACAGUAACAGUUAAUCCUACUCCAUCAAAAGAACAGGAGACUAAAACAGCUCCAAAUCUUAAGUGGAAGUGCGCGUGCGCGCUGAGCAAAUCCCAGUCUGUGAUAAAGCGCACCAACUCCAACUCAACGCGGUACUACUCCAUCACCUAUAUCGGAGAAAUAGACUUUGACCAAUCCGUCCCUGAUGGACUAACCCCAUCUAGCGGCGGGACGGAGAGAGAAUAUUCUCCGGUUCGGAUUUAUAUAAACUCUUGAUUUAAAAAUGGUUUCAGAAAGCAAAUUCUUGUUUUCUUAUAAACAGAAAAUUAUAAAAAAUUUACAGAAAAUAUGACUUUCUGAAAAGAUUUCCCCAAUCUUGAUGUUUAUAUUUUGUGACUGUACAAAAUGUGUUGCAUCGCAUGUACAUGAUGAUUGUGUACAUACAUCAAAAACAGUGGUACAUAAAGUACUAGGUGAUAAUAAUUACAGUGUAUAAUUGAUAAAGCUUAAUUAUAUAAGUGUAUUUAUUUGAUUUUAUAAAUAAAAAAUCAUAAAACACUAAAAUAAUC